AUUUGCAGAUGAUGAAGAAAAACGAGCGGGCUCAUUUCUUCAGCUCCAAAGAGCAAGAACUGAUCCUGAGGUUGUACGAGGAGGAGAAAGAAAUACUGACGGCCAAAUCCAACACCACCACCGCCUCGAAGCUGAGAGAGGAAGCCUGGCAGAGGAUCGCUGACAAAAUAAACGCGGUGUCCGACAGCGGCUACAAGAGGUCGUGGCAGCAGGUGAAGGUCAAACACAAGAACAUCGUUCAAACAGCAAAAAGACGACGAGCCGAGGUGACGAGGACCGAGGGCGGUUCGGCGACCCCGUCCCUGGCCUCCGCAGAGGAAGACGUCCUGGACCAGAAAGACGCCACGCUGAGGCUGGAGGUCCUCCCCGGAGGCAUCGAGCCUCUGACCGGGUCCGAGAGCUCUUUCAUCAGCGUCUCAGGCCACCCCGUCCUCCUGCUGCCCGUAACCAAGACGGAGCCGGAGAGCCUGAGCAGCGACGAGACCGACGUCAGCGACACGCAUUUCGAACGAGACGUGAACAGCAGCAGCUUCCAGGAGAGAGCCGACUCGUCGUGUCCCGCCGCCGCCGGCCGAAGUGCUCAGAAGCAGACCGAAGACAUCCGAGCGCUUUACUGCUGCUACCUCAGGAAGGAGAUCGAGAACCGCGAGCAGCAGAUGGCGUUCAGGGCGCUGAAGAUGAGGAAGCUGGAGAAAGAAAUAUUACUACUCGAUAAACAGCUGAUGUAGAAACACUUUUUAUUUUCCUUUUAUUAACAAAAACAACAAUAAUUGAUUCAUUUAAGGUCAGAAAGUUGUAAUAAACAGCUUCAGUCACAUGAUUCAGUCGUAUGAACUCAUGUUGCCCCAGUUGGUUGUUGUCACAUGACUUACACACAGUUCAAAGGGCACUCACGACCAUGUCAGAUGACUAAUGUAGGAACUCUUUUAUAAGCGUUUAAAGAGACAAUAAUUUAACAUUUCAACUUAAAAAGUCAUUUUAUUUUGUUUUCGGUUGCAGUCACUGACGGGCGGAGGUCUAAUGUGACGGGCGGAGGUCUAAUCCUCGCUGCUAAAGCUCUGACAUCUACUUAUUCCUUAUUUUAGAGGUUUUUUUAACGGAGUCUGGUCCUCAGUUGGAUUAAACACUUCAAUAAAACACUAAAAUAGAACAACGACACUCAAUACCUCAAGAAAAAUGUACCUGCACACAAAAACAACACGUUUGUAAUAAUGUUAAUUUAAUUAUUCAAUCUUUUUCUUCCCAGUUUGUUUCAUCUGAGCAGACUCGGGUUGAAAAUCCAACUAUAAAUCUGUUUUUAUUAAUAUAUUUUCUUUAGUAUCGACACUUCUGACGACCUUAACGAGGUUAUUUUGCUCGUCAGGAUUAUUUUUCAGUUGCCUUGUCUGAAUAAUUCGGACACACGUGGCCAAACACCAACAUCACUUUGCUGAAACCUUUAUAAGAAGAUGAGGAAUCGCAGGUAAACUGAUUUCUGCCACCAGCAAC